UGCAAUACUGAAGUACUGUAACACUCACCUGUCUGCCUACCUGAGCAUUCACCUGUCUGACUGAUAAUCUACCUGUCAUACUGAUCAGGGACCUGUCUGACCUCACAGCAUCAUGUUCACCAGGAACGUUGUUCUUGUGUUCUCUCUGUUCAUCCUGCUGGUGGAAGGAGACCUUGACUCCAGCGACGCUGGAAUACAAGUCAUGUCAACAGAUAAAGAUUCAACAUCUGAUGAGGCUCCCACAGAGAGUAUGAACGCUGUCUCUCCUGAUCAGCCAGAUGAACCUCAGUAUUAUGGAGGAGGACCUUCAGACACCAGCAGCUCCAGUUCAGAGACUGCAGACGCCCCAGCAACCAAUCAGGUAACAGCACCUGAACCUGCUGCAGCUGCUGCAAACAGUGUGGAGGAAGAAGAUGAGGAUGAGAGCUCCGACUCUGAAGAGGGAGGGAAGAAAAAGUUCAGCUCUCGCUCAGCCAAACCUCAGAGCCCUGUCCAACUACAACAACCCCCCCCCAAUGUCCAACAGAGCCCUGCCCUUCCCCCCAUAAGCUCCACCCGCGUCAUCCAAAACCCCCCCCUCCCACCUCAGCCAAUCAUCCCUCAGCCGAAAGCUCUGGUGAGGAGCCGAACGUCCAAAAGACGAUCCAGGGCCAACCGCCGCCAAAUAUAACACAACACACAUCACAACACAUGAACACACACACAUACACAUGUACCUUCACAGGUGGGUCAGCACGCACAUGCACACACACAACAAGUAUGUAGGUAUAAGAAGAUGUAAUCUAUCUCACACGGAGACGAGUGACACACAUGAACACAUUUACUCAGAUAAACAUGUGUCCUGUUUGAACACACGUGGAAAUACACGUUAAAGUUCAAAUACACACAGCAGGUUCAUGGUCACCUUCAGUCUGAAAACGAAACUCUGCACACACCAAGCCGAUCAUCUGAUCAGUCACCUGAUCAAUUGUCCAAUUGGUCGUCUGAUUGGUUGACCAGAAUGACUACAGGUAUCCAGGAUCCAGGGGUUGUAUUCAAACCAACUUUAUUUGUACAGUGUGUUCAGACAUGAAACUGAAUUUCUUCACUGGGCUGUUUGUAGUUGAUGUUUGGAAGAAGCUCUAAAUGAAACAGGUCUUUCAGAUGAUUUAGAAAAAGAAACCAAAUCAUUCUGUGACUCUUUCCGCUCAGAGUUCAGAGUGAUUCUCAGUUUGUUUCGUGAUUUCGGCCUCUGGACACCUGCAGACCUCAGAGUAUUAAAUCUGUUCAGUUUAUCUGUUUUAUGUGUUUUACUUUGCUUCAUUCAUAACUCCCAGACUGUAGCUGAAACAACAUGUUUGUUUCUUUUGUUAUAUUUUAAUAAAGUCAAACUGUCCAUUACUCAAACUCACUUUAUUAACACAAUGUUUUCGGUCCUCAGUCCUAAAUAAAACUUAGACAAACAACA